UUAGCUGACUUUCGAGCUCGGUCGGCCCGCCAACAGACAGGGAAGACGCCAGCUCAGAUUGGCCGUCGACCGAAGGAGAGGAGCCGAGCUGAAGCGGGCCGUCAACAGCCAAUCCGCCGCUGAUGACGCCGUCUUUGUGGCCACGUUGUGAACCGAAAGCGACGAACCGAGGCGAGCAUAGGAUCGGACCGACAAGGACGACCGCAAGUCGGCAAAGCUGUUCACUAAUAAACUGCUGCCCAGGUCGAGUGUUUCGAGUAUGUCAAGGGUCGCUCCUGUCUCCACAGUGAGCGUUGCACCCGCGAGGACGUCCAGAUUGGUGCCCAUUGUCACAGUGAAACUGGCAUUCGUCGACACCCCAUCACCCAGCAGCCAAUCGCCCGCCAGAAGGCCCCCCGCCUUGUUGGCCGACGUGAUGUCUGCGGAGCUGUAGUCUUUGAUGCUCAGGGCCGGCUGCGUGCCGCAGAGGGCUGUGUAGCCCUUGACAGACAGCGAGCUCUCCAUCACCGCCUCACUCUGACCCCGCAACUCUCCAACGUAAGUCAGCCGAGACGCAUCAACAGAAAGCGUGCCCAAGAAGACAGAUGGACCGUCGAUUGAAAGAGAGGAGCCGAGCUGAAGCGGGCCGUCAACAGCCAAUCCGCCGCUGAUGACGCCGUCUUUGUGGACGGACAGCCGAUCGCCCACAUACGUGAAUGAUCUCACGGAGAGAGAGCUGCCGAUGGUGCCCAUGUCUCGCAGCGACAGGGAGCUGCCGAGGAUGACGUGGUCGAAGACGGACAGGGAGGCCCCCAAACGCGCCACGUUGUGAACCGAAAGCGACGAACCGAGGCGAGCAUAGGAUCGGACCGACAAGGACGACCGCAAGUCGGCAAAGCUGCUCACUAACAAACUGGUGCCCAGGUCGAGUGUCUCGAGUAUCUCAAGGGUCGCUCCUGUCUCCACAGUGAGCGUUCCGCCCGCGAGGACGUCCAGAUCGGUGCCCAUUGUCACAGUGAAACUGGCAUUCGUCGACACCCCAUCACCCAGCAGCCAAUCGCCCGCCAGAAGGCCCCCCGCCUUGUUUGCCGACGUAAUGUCUGCGAAGCUGUAGUCUUUGAUGCUCAGGGCCGGCUGCGUGCCGCCGAGGGCUGUGUAGCCCUUGACAGACAGCGAGCUCUCCAUCACCGCCUCACUCUGACCCCGCAACCUCCCGACAUGGCUCAGCUUUGAUGGCUGGACCGAUAUGGGUCCAAGGAAAACCGAUGAGCCGUCGACAGACAGAGUGCUGCCCAU